CCGAUUUACUUGUAUUUUAUACAUAAAGUUCAUAAAAAACUAAAAAGUAAGUAAUAAAAUGGUUGGCAUUAAUAUGAAUGGCCCAUCACGAGAACGAGUAAUGAAACUUAUUGAAGAGAAAGAUAGAAUCGAAAGAGAAAUUCAGGAACAAUCAGCUAUCCUUUUGACGAAUAAUGUUGGUAUGCACGAUUCUCUGGUGGACAGUGAUGGAUAUCCGCGUAACGACAUUGAUGUGUACAAAGUGAGACACGCACGGCAUCAAAUCAUAUGUUUACAAAAUGAUCACAAGGCAAUUAUGAAGAAGAUAGAAGAGGGUCUAUUUGAAGUGCAUUCCGAGUUUCGCGGCUCAAGUAACACUGGUACUUCACAGCAAGCUACCUCUGCGCCGUACACUAAUGGACAUGCCAUGAACAAUGUUAGCAGACCUGUGUCUGAAGAUCGGUGUUUUGCUAUUGUUGGAUUUGUCCAUGAUGGUUCUCCCGCUGAUCUUGCGGGUUUAUUACAAAAUGACAAAAUCCUUCAGUUUGGAUCAAUCAACCAUUGUAACUUCUCCGAUGUCACACAAGUGCAUCAGAUUGUGUCACAUUCCGUGGGUCAGAGGAUAGAGGUCAGGGUAAAGAGGGACCAGAAUGUCAUAUCCCUCACUGUGGUGCCAAGACCUUGGGCACACCCAGGUCUUCUUGGCUGCCAGAUCAGACGGUAUAUGGAGACAUAAGUUUUAUUAACUCAGAAUUGCUACCACAUUGUGUUACGCAAUAUUUAUUUACAGGAAUAUGAUGGAGAUCUGAAAAGUCAUUUCUGUAAUAUUCAGUUUGUUUUUUUUUAAGUUGAAAUGU